AGUAUCGGGUUUCACACACAAUUUAAGCCGUGUUCAUGGCUCUGUUUUGGAAACUCCUUCUAAAGAUAGGAAUAACAGACUUUAAAUGGCUGCUGACAGUACUUCAGGGAUUUUUUUUAUUGCUCUGUUUGACAAAUGUAUUGUGAGAGUAGGAACUGCUGAUAGUGGAAUUAGCAUCAAAAUGAUGCAAGAUCAACAUUACUGAAAAAGUGGGGCUCUCCUGCUGGAGUCACAAGCCAUGUUAUUUACCAGAACUCUUUAGUAGAUAUGAACUUCAUCUUGCUUAUUCUGCAUAUCCCUGUUAGUGCUCAGAGGUUGGUAAUAAAGGGCUUUUUUGGCUGUCAGGCUGAAUUUGGUCAUAACCUGCGCUUGCGGCUCAGUGCCCAACAAGUGCAUUAUUUCUCAGUAUUAGUAUGAUGACACUUUUGCUUCUCUCAAAGGUUCAUAACGACAUUACUUAGCAAUACAAUUGCAGUAUUGAAUGGUAUAUUAACAUCCAUAUAACCCUCUUUAAGAAUGCUGAUAUCACUUUUGGGGGGCAGGGUGAGCAGACAUACUUUAAUUCUAUAACCCUGUAAUUGAUUUUGGUGACAUGCCAGCUCCUAAUGCAGUUCCUGGUUUUAUUUACAGCAUCGAGAUGACUCAGGAGACAAACCAGACCCCAGGGCCCAUGCUGUGUAGUACAGGAUGUGGAUUUUAUGGAAAUCCUAGGACAAAUGGGAUGUGUUCUGUUUGCUACAAAGAGCAUCUUCAGCGACAGCAGAAUAGUGGUAGAAUCAGCCCAAUGGGUAAAGGAACAGCCAGUGGUUCAAACAGUCCUACCUCAGACUCUGCAUCUGUACAGAGAGCAGACACUAGCUUAAACAACUGUGAAGGUGCUGCUGGCAGCACAUCUGAAAAAUCAAGAAAUGUGCCUGUUGCCUCUUUGCCUGUAACGCAGCAAAUGACAGAAAUGAGCAUUUCAAGAGAGGAAAAAGUAACACCGAAAACAGAGACUGAGCCAGUUGUUACUCAACCAAGCCCAUCAGUUUCUCAGCCUAGUACUUCACAGAGUGAAGAGAGAGCUCCUGAACUGCCCAAACCAAAGAAGAACAGAUGUUUCAUGUGCAGAAAGAAGGUCGGCCUUACAGGAUUUGACUGCCGAUGUGGAAACUUAUUUUGUGGACUUCACCGUUACUCUGACAAGCAUAACUGCCCAUACGAUUACAAAGCAGAAGCUGCAGCAAAAAUCAGGAAAGAGAAUCCAGUUGUGGUGGCUGAAAAAAUCCAGAGAAUAUAAAUUAACCUGUCUGUGAAAAGACUGACUGACUCUUGUUUUGUUUUUAAUAUAUCCUAGGAAAACAGGAAAGAGCAGGUGCAUGGCCAUUUUCCUUUGUUCUCCAAAGUUUUACUUUUAGUCUUGUCUGUCUUAAUGAUAUUUCAGAAUGUUUGGGUGUUUGUUACAGGCAGAAUUGGAUAGAUACAGCCCUUGAAAAUAUAUAUGCCCUCCCCAGAAUAUAAUUGGAUGAUCAGAAACCUGCACAGGAAUACAGAUGCACAGAGGACACUCUCUCUCGUUCACAUGUGCCAAACAGAUGUAUGCUAUCUGCAUGUUUGCAGCAGAUCUGCCUUUUGAGGUGUGUUUGAGGUAUAUAAACUUCAGCUAGUGUUAUGUGCCUGUUUUGGAGAAGGAUACAUCAAAAAGUUGGCAGUCUACUUCCAUCAUGUAAAAUCUCAUUCUAAUUUUCGUUUCCACACUCCAUUGUUUUCCAGCACAAUGUAAGCUAUGUGGAGGGGUCCACCAUCCCAGUAAGAUGAGCGUUGGUGCCAUAUUUAAGAAAGUCACUUAUCAAUUGUCCUGAGAAAAAUGGAAAAAAAAAAAAACCCAGAUAUGUAUGUGAAGAAAACUGUUUUGGAAAAGAUUACAUUAACUUCAGAAUCAUGAAAAUAGGUUCCCAAAGGAAACCUUAUCUGAGCAACCUGAUCUAGUUAGUGGUGUCCCUGCUCACUGCAGGGGGGUUGGACUAGAUGAUCUCUAGGGGUCCCUUCCAACCCAAAACAUUCUAUGAUUACACAAAAUGUCCUGCUAGGAACUUACAAACUGGCCUGCAACAGAGUUGUGUGCUUUUCCUUGCAUAGCUAAAAAUGUUUUGUAGCACAAUAUUGUAAGAUUGGUUUACAAAAAAAAAAGUUACAGAAGUUUUUAGACAUACCACAGCAGCUCUAUCAAGCAACACGUCUGAGUAAGUUGCUGAAGUACUAGAGCAGUUUGUUAUUCAUAUACUACUUACGUUCUGUGUGUUCUGAGUUCAAAAGAAUAUUAGGAGUUAAUUUUUUCUAGAUUUAAAUGUAACAGUUGCACCGUUCUGCAUGGAAAACCAUACCCAACAUGGCUGCUGUAGACUUAAGUGGUAGCUGGAACCACUCUUGGAGGGCUGCUUUAUCAUUUUUAAUUGUACUUGGGUGUAGGACUGUAGUGUUCUUGGGUGUAUUGCAUGGGCUGCAUUAUCUACAGCAUUGUACAAUAACAACUCUAGAAAAGGCAGUAUACUUCACUGAUGCUUGUCUGGUAAUAUCACUUCUGUGUUAUAAUGGAAGGGUUUUUUUGUGAUGUAUGAAACUUGUGUUUUUUAUAUAAACAAGUACAGUUUAGACUAGUGUUGUGGUAAUGCCUGUUCUCAUCUGUAAAUAGUUAUGUAUGUACACAAGGCACUACUCCUGAACUUCUGAUUUUUAUUGCAGUGUUCAGUCUUAGUUUUUACUCCACUAUUAAAAGCGUCAGGUUUUUGCUUCUAACUUUGUUCUUCUGAGUUAUUAGAUAUGCAAACAUGUACAGAUAGUUCAUAUUUAUGUAUUGCACAUAAUCAUGCUACCCAGCAUCUAUGCUAUAUUGUAUUAUGUAAAUAAUAAAAAUCAUGUACAGAAGGAAAUACUUCCUUUUGUGAUAGUUCAUUGGUUUUAGCUGACCUUGUAGAUGUCAAGGUGCAAAGUUAGUACUAAGUUCUUGUAGAUGUCGUCUUUAUGCUUAAGCAUGCCUCUGUCCUUAUGUCUUAUUUGGAUAUACGAACUUCUUUAAGGUAACUUGCGUCAGCAGCUGGAAUGCAGAUAAGUACUUGAUGGCCUGACCAAAAUGCCAGCAAACAAGAAUGUGCUUAAAGGGAACAAAGGAAAGCUUUUGCAAUGAACUUCAAAGGGUUUUUUUUUUUCUUUUGUCUACAAAACUUAUUUCCAAUGGAUCUGUUAUAAUAGAGCCAGUACACUGACUGCGCCACUCUGCCGCUUCACCGGCAGACCUGGGCAGAGUUAUUGUCAGGAUCAGCAUCCAAAUACAGGUGCUAAAUAUGUCAAAUUUAACCUUUCCAGCGAGAAGGAGAAGGACGGAGCACACAGCGCGUGUUGCCUUGGAGGAAGACAUCUUCACUGCUGGACAAUGGAUGAAAUUUGCUUAUAUCAGAAGUGGAUAAUGUGAAUCCCACCUGUCAGCUGAUACUCACGUCAUAAGUUACUACUACAGCCACUGUAUAUGCCUUCAGUAAGGGAACACAGGCAUGCUCUGGGACUCCAUUUUCCAGGAUUAAUCUUACGACUUAAUCAUGGAAAUCCUUUAAAGUACCAAAAUUACAAUUUUUCUACCUUUUGUCUUAAAGCAGAAUUCAGCUACUCCUCUGCAGCAUAAAAUGCUUUUUUUUUCUUUUUUUUUUUUUUUUUUUUUUGAACCUGAGAAUACCCUGUAACUGCAUAUUUGGGGAGAAUGUGUGUGGUUUCGAUACUGCCAUGGCUAGAGUGUUUUAGGACAGGUAGUAAUGCUGUUACUGGUAGUUAGUGAUUAUGAUGAUCUCGGUGUCACUGCUUUUUCAUCUGAACAAAGGGUGUAUUUGGGAAGACCUGUUGAAAUA